AAUAACUCGAUAAAUAUAUGAAUAAAUCACUAUAAGCAUGGCGGAUGAAAUACAAAUAGACACGGUGUGCGAUCACCAAAGGGACGAGCAUCUGCCCACCAUGAUGAAAUUCCAGAAUGGAACCCUUUUGGGCACCGGAGACUUUUGCGUCGUCGAGGGCACCACGGAUCGCAAGAAGCGGGCUAUGGUGGAGGCCGGCCAGCAGGUGUACACGGGUGACCUGCAGGAUAGCCAGGAAUACGAUACCUACAUCUGUCUGCGCAACAAGACCACCAACAAAGUUCAAAUUGUGCCCGUGCAACAGGCACUGAUGUCCAAUCACAUUUACAAGCAGCUGGAGCGCAAGGGUCAAAGGGCACCCAUGCUGAGCAAGGAGCACGCCAGCAAGAAGCUGCUCAAGGAGUUCGGCGGACGCAAGGCCUCGCGAUUCGUGGACAACCGCGAACAGAUGAAGGUCAAUGUGGAGGUGGUGCGUCAGGAUCUUGACGAGACGGUGAAAUUAUCAACGACGCUCAACGGAGACGAAGAGGACGACUCGCUGGCGGAUGUGAGCGUCAGCAACGAGGAGUACCUGGCCAGCAUUGUGCCCAAGUUCGACAAGGAGGCCACCGAGCUGGAUGGUGUCUACGAUGUGAAGCAUUUGAUGCCGAGCGGUCUGCUCGAAAGGCUGGACGAGGAGGCCAAGGUGGUGUUCUCCACGCCAGCCCAGGAUCUCCCCAUCAAAUCGGAAUACCUCAAGACUUGCUUAGCACGCAUUCAAGAGAAGGCGGUGCCCUCCAAGCAGGACUUCCUGCACAUCAAGCUCAUCAUCUACAUGGACGCCCUGCAGUCGCUGAUUGCCCUUCGUUCGCGGCAAAUGCAGAGGGCCGAGCUUUCGGGGAUCACGGAGAAGAUCGAGAAUGACAUACGCCAUCGUUUUGCGGAUCCCAAUGUGGCCAAGCGGGGCACUCGCACCAAUUUCAGCAGUGAAAAGGCCCUGACGCACUUCAUUGUGAUGGCCCUGCUCAUCAGCGAGAAGUACGAGGUGGACAUUAAUGUCCUGUCCCGCGCUUUGGCCACCAGCAAGGAUCGAAUCAAGCAGUACGCCCAUAUUGUGAACGCCCUGCCCAAAUCCCGCUCGGACAUCCUGAGCCUGCGCCUGCCCAGCAAGGUGCCGGCACUGAAGUUGGCCCGUCGCUUCCAGCGCAAAAAGUAGGGGGAGUAUCUUCAAGGACACCACGCCCGCCAUCGAUUAAACAAACCCGGCGGCGGGUCAAUAAAGUUUAUUUUAGCCAGA